AAUAACAUUCUACUUUGUGUUAAAUCGAUACGUGGCUCACGAUACCGGUUGCUGAGACUGGAAAAAGACCCCUAAAAUGGAAGUUUUACAACUGUUCGCUUUUGCGCUGUUAUCGCUAAUUCCUUAUGUACAGGGAAUCGACUUAACUGUGACAAAGAAAGUUUUCUUUGAUAUAAGAAUUGGUGAAGAACCAGUAGGAAGGAUAGUGAUUGGUUUGUUUGGAGACGUUGUCCCCAAAACAGUAGAAAACUUUUCACAACUUUCCUCUGGUGUCAAUGGAUAUGGACUGAAGGGAAGCAAAUUCCACAGAGUCAUCAAAGACUUCAUGAUUCAAGGUGGAGACUUCACUAAUGCUGAUGGUACCGGUGGACGGAGUAUCUACGGAGAGAGGUUUGAGGAUGAGAACUUUGACGUUAAGCAUUACGGCUCCGGAUGGGUCAGCAUGGCUAAUGCUGGUAAAAAUACAAAUGGUUCUCAGUUUUUCAUCACCCUCAUUCAGACAGAUUGGCUAGAUGGUAAGCAUGUGGUGUUCGGUAAAGUAUUAGAAGGUAUGAACGUUGUCCGAGCCAUUGAAACCGAGGUCACAGACACAUUAGAUCGGCCAUUAAAUGAGGCAGUCAUCACAGACUGCGGGAUUAUGGACGGUGACCCAAACCUUGUGGUGGAGAAAGACCAUGCAGAUUAACCUCAUUAUCAGGGUCACAUGUGAAUGCUUGGGAUUUUUAGAUUUUGUUUUUUAUUGUUUCUUUCUGAACAUCAAAAUUUCUAUUAUUCUGAUCAAGGAAAACUUACAAUAUUACAAAAUUUACAUUAAGAAAUGGAAAGUAUUUUAGCCAAAUCUAAAGUAUAUUAGAGAUAUUAAAAUGAUAUUAAAUCGGCAAUUAUAUUUAAUUUGUAUUUAUACAUGUCAUCAGAAAAUUUGUUUUAUGUUUAAUAGGAUGACUUCAAGACAGUGUAAUGUUCAUGUUAAAAUGCUCUUUUUCAUUUUUUUUAUUGCAUUUUACAUAUUUAUAUCUGUUUAACAUAGAUCUGUAACAUGUUGUACUUUUAUUACAUUUCUGGCUAGUCUAUAUUAUCAGAUAAAACUUAAACUAUAUAUAUGAGGUUAGAUUUACAAAUGUAUGUAAGCUUUAUAUAUGAGGUUCAGAAACCAAACGUGUAUGUUUCUUAUGUUAGAUGGGUGUGAGACAGAAAGCUUCCGCAUUUAAAUUCAAGGAAAACAAGUUAAAAGGCAUGCAGCUGAUUACAGUUGAUUUGAAAAAUACAAAGACUACUAAAGUAUACUAAAUUUUAUCAUGAAUGUAGCCAUUGUCAAUAUGUUUUUUAUAGAAGAGUUACUGCCCUUCAUAUGCAAAAACACUAAUCAACGAUUUUCAGAUUAUAUUUGGUAAUCAACAGUCUGUUUCCGUCCAUAACUUUUUAAAUUGUAUACAUUUUAAGAGUUCUGAGAUAUCUUAUUUGGAUUUAAUGAUAUAAAUUAUGCAUGGUUUUCGUCUCCAUCAACCCGUAUUGUAAGAACAGCUUUGUUGGAGGUUGAUUUUGGUUUUAUGUGUUCCCACCGUUUUGUAUUCACAACAUUGUAGUGCUACGGGUAUGCAUGCUUCAAAGGGUCAUUAUUAAGGAAAUAUUCUUGCCAAAAAUAUCAAAGAAAUGUUUUUGAAAUAUGAAAGCUACUAGUCAUUGAUAGCUGUACAUUAUUAUUGUACAUGAACUACAGUAAAAUGUUAAAAUUAUUGUAUAGCGCUAUAUGUACAUGUUUUGAAUGAUAUUAAUGUUUUUUAGAAGGAUUUUGUAUGCAGAAUGUUUGAAUGAUAUUGCAAAAAAUAAAAAAUGAAACCGACAGUUUG